AAACACACACACACACACAACAAACACUCUCUCACACACACACACAUUGCACCUACCUCUGUGUUUUCUAUCUCUAAAACAGUAAACAAGAGAGAGAGAGCUGAAUUUUUUUGCCCCAAAAUCCUAGCAUUCUUCAGCUAGCAGCUUCAAUUUCAGAUUACCAUCAAUGCGUGAUCUCUCAAUCGGGCCCAAUUGCGAAUCCUAGUGUGUGUUUGAGGAAACUAAACUGAAAAAAAAAAAAAAUGCUUCAAGUAGCUGCAGUGGGGAGCAAUGGUGGAUUUUCCGCGCAUUCAUCGCAGCUGCAGAGCUGUGGGGACAGCAGCGAGGAGGAGCUCGCCGUGCUCCCGCCGCACACCAAGGUCGUAGUGACCGGAAACAACCGUACCAAGUCCGUGCUGGUGGGGCUUCGUGGCGUCGUGAAAAAGGCUGUUGGCCUUGGUGGAUGGCACUGGCUGGUUCUCACAAAUGGCAUUGAGGUAAAGCUGCAGAGAAAUGCUUUAAGUGUAAUCGAAGCUCCUACAGGGAAUGAAGAUGACGACCCUGAAUUUGAACAGACACUGUGGAACAGCUCAGGUAUGGUUGAGAUUGGUUAUAUACAUCCGAGGAUACUCAAAAGUCGUAUAGAUCAAGGCAACGUAUGCAAAGGUCAUUUGGUUCGUCCCACAAAACCCUUAGUCGGUCUCUCUCGUCUGAUUCACACUCCAAAGACUCUGUUUCGACUCGUAAGGGAUCACUGUCUUGUAGUAUUUAGAGUGAAAAAAAGGCUGGAACUUGAUAAGUUCUUGCACCAGAAGGUUGACCUCAGCAAACUCGAAAAGGGCGCAUUGUGGAGAUAUUUGCGGCACUUUAACCUUGUGGAUGCAAUCCAUAACCCUUCGAAAGAGCAACUUAUCGAUGUUGUCCAAAAGCAUUUUGUGUCGCAGCAAAUGGAUGAGCUCCAAGUCAUCACGGGUUUCGUGCAGGCUGCCAAAAGGCUGAAAACGGUUUGCAAAUGAUAUGUUUGUUUACUGCCGACUGACUCUUUAACAAAAACCAACUAUGAUUUUUCCUGAAUGUAAAUGAAAAAACCUUGGAGAUCUGUCAUUUUAGUUGCAUAGCUGUAAUUGUAGUGAAUGUAUAUAUAUUAUGUAAAACCAGUAAAAUGACCAUCUUUGUUUGGUUGAAUGUAUGAGCUGACUCGGUGUUUGACUCUCGUUAAAGUUGUAUGUAUGGGCUGGGCCUAAAUGCUGAUGCAAGUUCGAUGAGUUUAUGUAACUGUAUUUAACUAUUUAUCUUCC